GAAGUCUGUAGACUCUGCUCUGCCUCUUCUCGCUCCUCUCUAGGACAUCUCAGGAGUUUUUCCUCAGCAUUUGAGCAGCUCAGCAGGUUCCUUCAGGUGUUUUUCGGUUGAUUUGAGUUUCUUCUGAGGUGUUUCAGAAAUAAAACCCCGAGCUGAGCGGCUGAUCCUCCCCGGAUUCAGAUCACGGUUUGUGGGCGUAUCUGAGUCAGAAUGUUGGCUUUUUGCAGCAGAACUGUGUGGAAGGCCGUCAUGGUGAGGCCCUGUCACCUGGUGAAGCCCGUCUCUGCCACCCGGGUGGCCGGCAGGUACCUGAGCCACCAGAGGGGGCUGCCGAGCCUGCCGGUGCCCCCGCUGCAGCAGACCUGUGAGCGCUACAUUACGGCCCUGGAGCCCAUCGUGGAGGCGGAGGAGCUGAGCCGGACCCGGCGGCUGGUCCAGCAGUUCCAGGAGGCCGGCGGCGUUGGGGAGCGGCUGCAGAGAGGCCUGGAGAAGCGGGGGAGGGACACGGAGAACUGGCUCUCCCAGUGGUGGGUCCAGGUGGCCUACCUGGAGUACCGGCUGCCGGUGGUGGUCCACUCCAGUCCAGGCCUGGUUCUGCCCAGGAUGGACUUCAGGGACAAACAAGGACAGAUCAGGUUUGCUUCCAAACUGAUUGCUGGAGUUUUAGACUUCAAGACGAUGAUCGAUAAUGAGACUCUCCCAGUGGAGUUCCUGGGCGGGAAGCCUCUGUGUAUGAACCAGUACUACGAGGUUCUGUCGUCCUGCCGGAUCCCCGGCGUCAGCAGAGACUCUGUGGUGAACCACGCCAGGAGCCCCCAGCCCCCCAAACACAUCACCGUCGUCCACAACUUCCAGUUCUUCCAGCUGGACGUCUACCACGGCGAUGGGACGCCGCUGACUCCAGACCAGCUCUGUGUUCAGCUGGAAAAGAUCUGCAGAGCUUCACCGGAUCCCGGCGCCGAACCUGUCGGUAUCCUGACCACCCAGCACCGAGACGUCUGGGGGAAAUCCUACCUCAACCUCAUCAGAGACCCGACCAACAAAGCCUCGGUGUCGUCGAUCCAGAGGAGCAUCUUCACGUUGUGUCUGGAUGGAUCCACGUCUGGAGCAGCUGGAGAUCAGAGCCGCAGCGCUGCAGCCGUCCAGAUGCUGCACGGCGGCGGCAGCCGGGGCUACAGCGCCAACCGCUGGUUCGACAAGACGCUGCAGUUCAUCGUGGGAGAAGACGGGACCUGCGGGGCGAACUACGAACACGCUCCGGCUGAAGGCCCGCCCAUCGUGGCGCUGAUCGACCAUGUGGUCGAGUUCACGAGGAAACCGGAAGCGUCUUCGUCUCCUGCAGCGUCACUUCCUGUCCCUCAGAAACUUCCCUUCAACGUCUCUGCAGAGGUGAAGAGGGACAUCGAGGCGGCCAAGGUCAGCAUGGACAGCCUGGCCCAGGACCUGGACAUGCGGGUCUCUGUGUUCGGACACUUUGGGAAAAACGUGCCGAAGUCCCACAGGAUGAGUCCGGACGCGUUCAUCCAGGUCGGCCUGCAGCUCGCCUUCUACAGGAAGUACCGGCGCUGCUGCGCUACGUAUGAGAGCGCCUCGUUGCGGAUGUUCCGACUGGGUCGCACCGAUACGAUCCGAUCCGCCUCCAACGCCUCGGCGUCCUUCGUUAAGGCCUUCGACGAUCCCAGCAAGCAGAACCAGGAGAAAGUGGUUCUGAUGGAGGAAGCUGUGAAAGCCCACAGAUCGUACACCAACAUGGCGGUCAGCGGCCAGGCCAUCGACAGACACCUGCUGGGCCUGAAGCUGCAGGCGGCCGAGGAGAAACUUCCCGUCCCAGAGAUCUUUAGAGAUCCAGCCUACGCUAAAGCUCUGCACUACCGACUGUCCACCAGCCAGGUCCCGUCUAAGACGGACUGCGUGAUGUGCUUCGGGCCGGUGGUAACCGACGGUUACGGCGUCUGCUACAACCCCAUGGAGGACCACAUCAACUUCGCCGUGUCGGCGUUCAACAGCUGCGGGGAGACGGACGCCGGCGGCUUGGCGGCGGCCGUGGAGGACGCUCUGCUGGACAUGAAGGUUCUGCUGGACCGGACCCCCAGGUCCAAACUGUGACGGCUUCCUCAACCUGCAGGGGGCGCCGCUCUGAUCAGCUCGUCCAUCAACACUCUGCACUUUAAGAUGAUCACAUGAAGAUCAACAGAAACAUCAGCUGGAAACGUUUAAAUUCACCAGAAUCAACAAUCAGUUGGUUUAUUUCCUGAAUUAUUCAAAAUGUUUUAUAGGAAUCGUUCAAGUGAUGCAAAAACAAUCAGAUGAAGUUAAUAAUCAGUCAUUUGAGGCAAGAAGCCGUUGGUCCUUAAACAUUUCACUGCACCUGCUUUUAAAUCUUCUGUUUCAAAUGAUUUUGUUUGAAAAGUCUGAAUGUCUGUUUACCUGAAACCAGUUUGGUCCCAGAUGUUCAUAAACAGUUUAUAAACCGUUUAUAAACAGUUUAUAAACCGUUCAUAAACAGUUUAUAAACAGUUUAUAAACAGUUUAUAAACGGUUACAGCCAAUAAUUUAGUUAUUGGAGGAAAUGAAUGAGAAAACUGUUGAGUUGACAGUUUUCUGACCCAGUCUUACAGUUUUAAGGGAAGACUUGACCUCUGACCUCUGGAUCUGUGCUGGGUUUCCUUCAGAACCACAGAUUGGACCGGUUCCUGUCCAGAAGGAGAUCUGACUGAAUGUGAAGUCAAUAAGUUGUUGUUUAAAUCAGAUUUUAUUUCAGCUGCUCAUCAUGAAGGUUUCUGUUGUUUUUCGUAAAAUAUUUCCUGGUUUUCAGCGGCGGCCAUGUUUUCCUCCCGGUUUUCAGCGGCGGCCAUGUUUUCCUCCUGGUUUUCAGCGGCGGCCAUGUUUUCCUCCUGGUUAUCAGCGGCGGCCAUGUUUUCCUCCCGGUUUUCAGCGGCGGCCAUGUUUUCCUCCUGGUUUUCAGCGGCGGCCAUGUUUUCCUCCUGGUUUUCAGCGGCGGCCAUGUUUUCCUUCUGGUUAUCAGCGGCGGCCAUGUUUUCCUCCUGGUUUUCAGCGGCGGCCAUGUUUUCCUCCUGGUUUUCAGCGGCGGCCAUGUUUUCCUCCUGGUUUUCAGCGGCGGCCAUGUUUUCCUCCUGGUGUCUCGUUAGCGUAGCUCAGCUGAAUGAAGACGUUCAUUUAAUAAUUCACUGAUCAUUUGUGGGCCAGUUUGUUUCAAGCAACAGUUAUUUUAACUGAAGUAAAUUAAUUUAACAUGAAAAUUGUUUCUGUUAAAAUAAUUGUAUUAAUGAACUUUUUACCCUAAAAAUAAACACUGAAUUUCUUUA